GCGCAGCACACAGCGAAAGAGAGAGGGAGGCAGAGAUGGGUGAUAAGGAGGCAGUGGAGGAGGGGACUACCAACGGAGGAGGUGACCUGAACCCAAAUGCAAAGGAGUGGAGCCCCAUUCACGAUUCCGCGCCGGAGGAAGAUCGCUGCCUGUUUCUGACCUUCUCCAAUGGGUACCCGCUGACUGAGCACCAGAUCGUCCACUUCUUCACCCGACAAUUCGGAGCGUGCAUUGAGAGGGUGUAUGUGCACUACCGUGAGGGAGGGAAGGAACCGCCGUUGUUUGGGAAGGUGGUGUUUGUGGCGUCUUCGAUACCAGCCAUCAUUCUGGAAGGGAAAGAUGAAGCCAAGUUUUGUAUUGAGAGCAGGACGAUGUGGUGUAAGAGGUACGAGGCCAGAAAGGCUCGCUACAGGCUUUGCCGAGGGCGAUGAUGAACCAACUCAUCCAAAUCACCGCCGCCGCCGCCGCCGCCACCACCACCACCACCCUUAUCAUCAUGUUCUCAUAUCAGAUCAAGAGUAUCUUUGGUUCCAAUAAAUUAGAGAACUGUUUCAUUAAUUAAUCUCCGUUUUCUUCUUCCUUUUCUUAUUUCAAUAUCCAAACAGUGCACUAAUCUUAUUAAAACAAAACAAAA